AGAUGAAGCCCCCAGUGAAAGGCAGAUAGAUAGUAGUAAACUUUUAAAAGUUUGAGCAAGAAGGGCUGUUUAUCAACACUUUGCUAGAAAAAUAUCACGUCAGUUUUGACCGGACGCCUUAUCCCCCAAAACAACGUGAUGGUGUAAAUGUCCAGCCGAGAGAAGACGUUUAAUAUCCGCAACCCGCGACCUACUUCACUUCCAGCAAGCAUUUUCUGGAGACUCUGCAUGCUGGUGCUCGGAGCUGACUCUCUGCAGACUGCUUCAUAGAGAGGAAAAUCCUUGUGAAAAGGCCUGUUUGCCCACCUUACUCAUACUGGAAACUACAGGAUGGCUCGAAGAUUCCCCAUUCCCUUGUUUCUUCUGGCGAUAUGCUGCUUGGCAUCUGCAGGGCCGGUAGUUCGCAGCCCGUGUGAGCUGCUGCCGGUUGGGACAGGACACCCGGUACAGGCCACACUGAAGAGCUUCACCGCCCUGUCAGGCUGUGCAAGCAGAGGCACCGCCAGCCUCCCUCAGGAGGUCCACAUCAUCAACCUGAGAGGACAUGUUCCAGAGGGACCAGACAGCAGCCCUGCUGAAGUUGAGCUGCAUCUGAAGCCCAUCCAGUCUCUGCAGCGCCACCAAAAGCCACUGGUCUUCGUGCUCAACUCCCCCCAACCGCUGAUAUGGAAGAUCAAGAUGGAGAACCUGGCCCUGGGCAUUAAACGUACCUUUCAUGUAUCUGAGGGCUCAGAGGUCCACUUCCAGCCUGGAAACUUCUCCCUUUCCUGCCAUAUCCAGAAGGAGGCGUUUUCCCAUGGCAAUGAGCAUCUCCUGAACUGGGCCCAGAAGAAGUACAGAGCCGUCACCUCUUUCUCUGAGCUCAGGAUGACUCAAGACAUCUACAUCAAAGUCGGAGAAGAUCCACUGUUUUCUGACACUUGCAAGAUUGAUACCAAGUUCCUGUCUCUGAACUACCUGGGCGGCUACGUGGAGCCCCAGACAUCAAAGGGUUGUGUGCUGUCUGGACCCGACAAAGACCGAGAGGUCCACAUCAUUGAGCUGCAAGCCCCCAACUCCAGCAGUGCUUUCCAGGUGGAUGUCAUAGUGGAUCUACGGCCACUGGAGGACGAUGCCCCGCUGCAUCGUGACGUCGUCUUGGUGCUCAAGUGCGCCAAGUCCGUGAACUGGGUCAUCAAGGCCCACAGCGUGAAUGGAAACCUGGAUGUAGUGGCCUCUGACACCGUGAGUGUCAGUUUAAGUGCCCAAAAACUGAUGCAGGUCUCAAAAUCCCCGAAGGAGAAUUUGCCAUUGGGGUCACAACCCUUGAUCAAGUGGGCAGGGGAGCAUGGCUACGGCCCUGUCACGUCUUACACCAGCACUCCUGUGGCUAACCACUUCAUUAUCCGACUUAGAGAGCCAGACGUAGCGGAUCCCCUGGAGAGCCUGUUUCCUCCAGAGCUCUCCAUCCUGCGUGACUCCACUCCUCAUCCGAAGUCAGGAGUUGCUUUCCGGCGCUCCAGUCUGCCCUUCCACUUCCCUCCGCCUCAGUCCGACGACUUGCCCUACUUGCCGCUGCCUCCCUCCAUCAAUGAGUGGCCUUGGGAGAACGGAGAGCCUGAGGACCAUCAGGAAGUUCUGAACGUCGGCCUCAGGGUGCAGUGUGAGGCCACGAGGAUGGUGGUCAGCAUCGAAAAAGAAAGCCUGCAAGCGAACGGGUUUGCUCAUGCCAACCUCACGCUCCAAGAUCCAGCAUGCAAAGCAAAAGUGAAUGCCACCCACUACACCCUGGAAACUCCUCUGACUGGCUGCCUGACCACCAUAUAUCCCAUGCAGGGCAGCCCGAUGGCCCUCCACAUCAACUCUGUUCUGAUAAGUCAUGCUGAGAACAAGGAUGGGAGUGGUGGGCCGCUGGAUUAUGAGGAUCUAGAAGCAGGAGACAUGCUGUUCCCAAGAGACCCGGUGGAGUUGGACAGAAGGUUUACGGAACCCACAGAGCACCAGUCCGUCAUCGGGUUCAACUGCACGUACCGAAAGAACCAGGAAAGCUCGGAAACAGUUCCCAGGAUUGUACCUGGACCGGGGAGGCACCCAGUGAGCAACUUGACAUUCAACAUGGAGUUGUACAACAAACUGCCAAUCCACAACCCCUCACGUCAGGCCUUCUACACCGUUUCACAAAAGCAGAAAGUGUUUGUGGAGGUCACAUCGGCUGCAUCAGAUCCAGAGCUGGGGUUCACCAUCGUCUCCUGUGCCAUCUCUCCCAACUCCAACCCCACUGUGUCCACAGACUACACCCUCAUUGAGACAGUCUGCCCCACAGAUGAGUCCGUCACCUACUAUCCUCAGAGGGACUUCCCUGUCCCCCAUUCACAGGCGGAGAAGCAGAGUUUCAGCUUCACCUUCAACUCAAAGUUCAACAAGUCCCUGCUCUUCCUGCACUGCGAAAUGUCUCUGUGCUCCAAGAGUUCUCAGAGCCACCACGGAAUGCCCCCGUGUUUACAACCGACCGAGACCUGCGAUUCUCUUUCUCUGGAAAACAUCAUGGCGAUUAUGAUCAACAGCAAGACGUCCACAAAGCCGCUGGUCGUGGUGGAUGGAUCUGGUCCGUCACAAGAACCAGUUCCUUCUGAAAAAGCACCGUAUCCUUCUGAUGACAACGCACUGUACUUGCUGGACACUCCCACAGUGGUGGGGAUCGCUUUCGCAGCCUUCGUGAUCGGGGCUCUGUUGACCGGAGCCUUGUGGUUUAUCUACUCACACACAGGUGAGACAGUUGGCACACAGCAGGUCCAGAAGUCCCAGCCGGUCUCAGAGAACAGCAGCGCGGGCCACAGUGUCGGCAGCACUCAGAGCACACCCUGCUCCAGCAGCAGCACGGCGUAGCCCCGGACCCAGAGCCCUGCCGAGGGCCCGGCGGUUCACAGCGACUGGUUUGUUCUACUCCUUCCAUGAAAGGAAUUAUUUUAGGGGGAAGUUAAAGGUCACACAAAAACACCUUUGGUCCUGUAAAUUCCUUUUGUGCCAGACUCAUAAACUGUCCCAGUGUUACUGCUGUGUAAAAGCAGCCUCAACUCAUAUUUAGUUCAAGAAAAUACGUUUAUGCAAGGCAUUUCUUUCCAAUCCUAAUGCUGUUUUUUUCUGACCAAAAGCCUUUUGUUUUGGCCUUAAAUGGUGAGCUGUAGGUUGUCUGUAAUGAGCAGGUGUAGUGCAACAGCAAGGAAAGCAAUCAGGCUGCAGGGCUGUCAGUAUUAGUACGUGAGAUGUUAAUGGCUGGACUGUUACACUUCACAACACGCAACCCUCAAGGUGGCGAAGCAACCACUAUUAACAUACGGACAAAAGUGCAGUAUGACUUAAGUCUUCAUCUUGACAGAAAUGGCUUUUAAAAGAUGCAAGAUAGAUAUUGAAUGUAUGCAGAAGAGUAUUCACCAAAAAAUGUGAAAGAACAAUGUGAAAGACAUGCUGAUAAAAUGCCACAUUUUGUAACAACUCUUCCCUUAUAAUGGAUUUAUACACACAGGUUGGCAAAGAUAUUUCACCAGUGCCUUUUUCUAUGUGGUAAUAGUACUGCAUUUCAGUAGAAAAUUAUGGGUUCCCCUUUUUGGUCAUUGUUCAUGGAAUAGUUUAACAUUUUGGGUUGCCAUCCAAAAGUAAGAACCUCUGUCUUCUAAAAGGUAUGUCACCAUAUCAUAUGUCAAAUACGUUUUGAUGACAAUUAAUUUGUUUCAAAUCUGCGGAGUGAGGGGAUCUGUGUGGGUGAAAAGGUCAAACACACUACUACUAAACCAAAAGUAAAACGUGCAUUUAGCUUACUUUUCAGUAAGCUUGUGUGACGUGCUUUAUUGAGGUCACGUGGGUAACUUUUCUAACUAAGUUAAAUUGAAAUACUAACUUAUCUCAUGAUCCUUUUCUUUAAAUAUCCUAGUAGUUUUUGUUUGCUACUUUAGUUUCAAUCCACAAUAAUUCCCGGUGUAUAGUUGCGACAGUAAUCAUGAUUGAAAAUGCAGUUUAGUUGUAUGGCAGCAUAAUCUUCCAGAGACAGGAUCAGAAGAUAUUUUCCCCUCUCAUGUCUGUGCUUUAAAUCCUGAUCUUGUUAAAGAAGGUGAAAAGCUAUUCAAUAAAAAGUUUCUAUUGUUACAUAAAAGAAAAUAAAGUUCUCCGAGCUAGUCUCCUCCUGGUUUCAGUUUUAGUGCUAAGCUAGGCUAACGGUGUGGCUCCAUCUCUUAAGGCACAGACAUCAAGGUGGUUUAAAUAUUUAUAUCUCACUGCCGUAAAAUAAAGAGGACAAGCAUAGCUCCCAAAAUGCUAGACUAUUCUAUAAGGACCUGUAUAUUGUAAAUAUUGUAAAUAGUCUAAAUGUUAAGCGGCGGAUUGUGUGCAAAUUCUGCUCUUGUACUUUCAGAUUAGAGCAGUUUAUCAGUGAGACGAGUUAACCCCAUUUAUCAUUUUAAAAGUGAUAAAAUAAGAAUCAUGAUGUUACAUAUUAGGACGUUGUCCAUUUCCCGUGGACCCUUUAAGGACUGUUUACACUCACAAACGCAGGACAGCCUCACAAUUGAGAAACUGUAUAAAGUUCAAUAUUUGGCAUCUCUUUUUGAUAAAUAAUUAGAAGAUAAAUCCAGUUAAUGUUUCUCAGAGCAGACAUUAUAAAGCCACACAGUGAGAGAUCCUUUUUUCUGUGUGUGUGUGCAUCUUGGCACUGACGCUUAUAUAAGCUGUAGCCGGAGCUCAUUGUUAUGGACAUAUAUUUUCUUUCCUUCUUUUUGUUUUAAACUGCCCCCCCACCUCAGAAUAAUAUGAAUGUUUGCUGUAGUGCCUUCCUCUGACCUGUAUGUGUUUCUCAGAGUGUGUGUGGGCCCUUUGAACUCCAGAAGGGAACUUUCCGCGUUAACCGUGACAAGAAAAACUGAAUGUAUAUUAUCUCAAAGCUUUUUAUCUUUGGUCUUAUGUACACAUGUGUAAAGCUUUCUACAGAGGGAACAGAGUCUAAAUAUAUAUUUGUGUAUAAAAUUAUAUUUUGGAAUAUAUUCACCAAGAGAAACUUAUUGUCUUAUAUGUGUGUUACUGUACUGUGAAAUGUGGAUGUGCUAAUACACACGUGUGUGAGGGGAUUUAUUCAUAAGACCUCAUGGCAUGUUUUCUGACACUUUAACUGAUGAAAAUUAAAUAUAGAGAUAGAAAAAUGGUUCAGUUUAAAAAGAAUCUAUUUUAUAUAUAGAGUAUAAACACACUUUGACAUCAUAUUUAUUUACAUUUGAAGCUAAUUCAUUCUUUAUUGUGUCAUAGAACAUGUGAUAAGUUUGAUAUGAGUGUGAUCAAACAGCAUUAUGUUAAUGGAACUCCUUAUGUUGGAACACUAUUACAGCUUGUCAUCAUCUAAUAACUGUUUUGUAUAAAUCAUUUGUAAACUCAAAAUAUAUUUUCAUAUGAAGUUAAGAAAUCACUGCUGUCUUUCAAAAUGAUAGCUGUAGCAAUGAUUCUAAGCUCCCAAGGUCUCGGUAAAUAAUGUUAUCCUUACUUAAUGCAUUGUCAUAGAGAAAAAAAAAACCUGUUUAGGUCCUUCUUUCCACAACUAUGAGGUGAAUCCCCUUAAAAUAAUGAAAGAAAUUAAAUCAACGAUGAGCAGCAAUAAACCAAAAUGAAAGUUUGAUGUGUAAUAAGUGUGUGUAUAUUAAGUAAGAAUGGAGGGUGCAAAGAAUCCAAGUAUCCGUUUCUGUUUCUGGAAACUCAAACUGUUUUCAAUAACACUUUAUUGAGUAGUUGAACCUCUUGGGACAUUAGAGCUUGUUUGUUUUAGCAGACAUGUUGCCAGGUGUGUGCGUGCCAAACCUCCAGUCCCUCAGUGAAUGCUCAGCAGUGAGGUGGUGGACUGUUACAUCAGCCUGUACCCCCCUGCACAGAGCAGAGAGGAAUCAGCGCUCACUGUGGGAUUACUGCUUUCUGACAUUCCUGUACUUCUCUUAUCUACUGUCCAUCUCCCAUGUGUAAUUAUACCCCCCGCCAUUGUGUCAGCGUUAUGUCCUGGAUCUAAUCUUCUCAAUUCAGAUCAUUCUGGGAUAUUCAAUCAAACUAAUCCUACAGUUCGUGAGAUUUUUUUCCCCAUGCCUGUUGCCUUAGUGCCUCGUCUCCUUAAAGUGAUGUUAAUCUUAAACAAAACUGCAUUCUGAAAUAUGCUUUGAGGGAAACUUAUUUCACAAAUAAUUCAACAAACACAGGACGACAUACCGAUGACAUCCACAUUGACUUAUUUCAACUUACAUACAGAUUUCAACUUGUAUAACAACUUAACUUAGGUAAAUAGCCUUUGUUACAGAACUCAUUCUGACCUAAAACCUUAUCUUUUACCAAACCUGACAAUAUUUUGUUGUGUCAGUUCAGUGUUUAAAACUGCCACUGUAAUCCGGGGGGAAAUAUGUGUCCUUGAAAAGUAAAGGAAAUACAGUUUAGUUGUAAUCAGGCAUCAUUUCUGGAGACAAGGUGGCAAUAUGACAUAUAGAGGGUGUAUGAGAUCCAAAAGGGAUUAUUUUGGAAGUAUAAGGUGCCUUUCCUAAAUGAUUUAUAAUGAAUGCUGAACUACAGCUCUCUGUGGAGCACACAUCAAUUACCUAGUUAUUGAUUGUAUUUUGUAACCAUUUGACUACCUCAUGUUUUUCUAUGAAUGUGUCAUUUCUACUUGUGUGAUGUGAUGUGCGUGAAUGUUUUCUGUGCCUAUGUUUGAACUCAAAAAUAGUUAAAUAGAUUAUACUGCAGUUGGAUGAUUCGGGGCCCCUUGGUGGUUGUACUGCAGUUUUAUUUUACAAACCAUGAAGAGUUUGAUCUUUCCCAUAAUGACAAGAUUCCCUUUUUUGGGGCAUUUGUAAAAAUGUGUAAAAGUUUAUGAUUUUCCUUUUUUUUGGACAACUUUUUAUAAGCUGUAAAUAAGCAUGACAUCUGUAUACCCAUUAUGUCCAAUAAAUCUUUAUAACAAUG